AUGUUGCCGUCUUAUUCAUCUUCAGCCACUUCCAAGGUGGUGCCACGGCAUCAUGCGAGUGGCUAUUCCAAUGGAUAUCCAAGGGGGAACACGUUCGAGAUCUCUCCCCAUAGAUACCAACCACGAGCCUCAACACCCGCGAAUCGUCGUCGGCAGCGCCUGCUGACCCGUAUCGUCAUCGUUGCCACCGUUGCCAUCUUCUUUCUCGUCUUCAUCUGGCCUGGAGCCUCCCUGGCUUCCAUCUUCUCCCUCGGCCUGCUGUCCGCCAGCAACGAAUUACAAUUGGAAACGGUACGAUACUACGACCUCAGCAAUGUGCAAGGGACUGCUCGCGGAUGGGAGCGUGAGGAGCGCAUUCUCCUCUGUGUCCCUCUGCGAGAUGCCGAGUCGCAUCUGUCCAUGUUCGCGUCUCACCUGCGCAACUUUACCUACCCCCACCACCUCAUCGACCUUGCUUUCCUGGUCUCCGAUUCAAAGGACCGCACCCUCCAGGUUCUCAACGAUAUGCUAGAGGAGAUCCAGGCCGAUGAAGACCCCAAACAACCUUAUGGCGAGAUCUCAAUCAUAGAAAAGGAUUUUGGACAAAAGGUCAACCAGGAUGUCGAGAGUCGUCACGGAUUUGCGGCACAGGCAAGUCGAAGGAAGUUGAUGGCCCAGGCCCGGAACUGGCUCCUGAGUGCCGCCUUGCGGCCAUAUCACUCCUGGGUGUACUGGCGCGACGUUGACGUCGAAACGGCCCCCUUUACCAUCCUUGAAGAUCUUAUGCGUCACAACAAGGAUGUGAUUGUUCCCAACGUUUGGCGUCCUUUGCCCGAUUGGCUUGGCGGAGAGCAGCCGUAUGAUCUCAACUCAUGGCAAGAAUCAGAAACGGCGCUAGCUCUCGCAGACACGCUGGACGAAGAUGCUGUGAUUGUUGAAGGCUAUGCCGAGUAUGCCACUUGGCGACCGCACUUGGCGUACCUGCGAGAUCCAUAUGGCGACCCAGAUAUGGAGAUGGAGAUCGAUGGUGUUGGCGGCGUCAGUAUUCUUGCCAAGGCCAAGGUUUUCCGCUCUGGGGUACAUUUUCCAGCUUUCAGUUUCGAGAAGCAUGCUGAGACAGAAGGGUUUGGCAAGAUGGCAAAGCGGAUGGAAUACUCAGUUGUCGGCUUGCCCCACUACACGAUCUGGCAUCUUUACGAACCCAGCGUGGACGACAUCAAGCACAUGGAGGAAAUGGAGCAAGAAAGGCUUGCUAGCCAAAAGGAGGAGGAAGAAAAGGCCGAGAAGGCCAAGAAAGUCAAAGAGCAAUUUGGCGAUGCCAGCGGCCAGUGGGAGAAGGACAAGACUGAUAUGCAAAACCUCGUUAGCGGUGAGAAGAAGAAAGAGACGAAGGGUGCCAACGAGGCCAAGGAGGCCAAGUCGCUGAAGGAGGUCGAUGACAAGCAGGCAGAUGACAAUAAGAAGCAGACAGCAGGCAAGAAGGAUGCGCAAAGCAAGUCAGAUAAGCCGGCGAGGAAGGAGAAGAAGGAGGGAAAUGACGCCGGUUUCGCCAAAAGGGCUGAGAGUUGA